AUGAAUGAAUCAAAAAUCAUGAUCACUCCUAUGCAUUCAUCUUCUUCUUUGGAAAAGGAUGAAAAUGGCAAUGCUGUUUCUGAGAAAGAGUAUCGAGGAAUGAUCGGAUCUCUGCUAUAUUUAACUGCCAAAAAAGCAGGUUCUUUUUCAACCUUUUCACUUUCUUUUUCCCCAAAAUCUGCAUCUAAAUACCAACCUUCUCCUUCAUCUUCCUCACUCCAAACUCAACAGACAAAAAUGGAGCGAACCAAACAAUCUGCGCGCAAAAAUGCUUCUCCCUACACACCACCUUCAUCCCCUUCAUCUGAUUCUGUGGAACGUUCACCUUCUCCACCACCUCGACCAACACCACCACAUACUCCCUCUGAUUCAACUUCUUCUGACAACAACCAAGAAAUCUUCAAUCCCAAUCCUCUGUCCACUAUUCUUCCACCACUAUACACUCGUCCUACACAAAACUUUGCUCAAGUCCCUCCACAUUUGCGAAACCAAACCAUUCCUCAACGACGAUCAAUGAUGGUUCAAUCUGGAAUUGGAACCUCAAAACCAUCAAACCUAAAACCACAUUACUUCGUCAUCUCAGAUUAUGAGACUGAUGAUUCCUCUGAUUCUUGCCCUCCAUCAUCAGAAAAGGCGCCCACAAAAACUCAACAAGCAAGGACACCAACAAACACCAAACCUACCACACCAUCAAAAUCAGCUUUCUCCUCUGAACCCUCACAAUUAACUCCCCCAAACCAAAAACGGAGAUUGAUAAAUGAAAUUGUCUCUCCUCUUACUAAACAAAAUGAACCCCCCUCUCAAUCCAAACCACAAACAAAACCAAUGAAAACAAAAUCUGCCAUGACAAUUGCGUAG